UCAUUUGGGGUCUUUACACACUGCUAUUGGUCCUCAAAAGCCUGGUAAGCAGAUGUGCACCAUAUACAGGACUCUAGAGAAUAUCCCUGCUGUUUCCUGGAAGAUUGCAGCUGUAUUGCUUUUUGGAGGUUGGGUGCUGCUAACAUUUGGAACAGCUUGCUUGUUUUUUACCCUCCCGCCAGUGAUUGGCACAAUUGUGGGACUGCUGAUUUUUCCAUGUAGUUUGGAUUCUGCAUUCGCUAAUGAAAUUGGUGGUUCUUCCUCCACAUACAAUGCUGGGAAAUGUAAGUUUGGCUGGGACUACAUGGUGGCUAUCCUGGAUGUCAUACUACCAUGUUAACUGCCAGUCAUUGGCAGAUACAAUUUAAAUAAGGUCAUGUCCAAGAUCUUUUUCUCUACUGCUAUAGAAAGUAUAAUUCUAGUAAGAGAAGAUGAACAAUAA